CUGAGUAAAUCCAGAGCCUGCAGUGCCUGAUCGCGCUAACCCAAAAGAUCCAUAUAAGAGGAGAGAGGACAAAAGGACCAUACUGCAAGGCAGUGAGGGCAGCCUCAAAAACCUGCACUGGACAAGUGAGCAAGGGUCAAACUCUAUGAGGGAAAUUCAGGCAUAGGAUAAAAAUUCACCUUCAAAAGAGCAGCAGCUGGUCCCGAGCCUGAAAGCAGGAUAGGAGAGGGAAGAGAGGCUGGACAGCAAAAAGGAGCAGAGAAAAGAGACUGGAAUGAUAAGAUGAGAAGCAGGCAUGCCAUGCUGAAGUUCUCCCUUAAUGAGGCCCUCCUGGAGCUCCUGCUUGUGUUGUUGCUGGGGUUGCAUGUCCUAGCCGUGUGCCCCUCCAUGUGCUCCUGCAGCCAUAGCCACAGGGAGGUAGACUGCUCCGGGAGGGGUCUGAGACAGUUGCCUGAGGGCCUGCAGCACAACAUGCGCUCCCUCAACUUGUCCCACAACCGAUUUCACAACCUGGACAGCCAGCUCACCGCAUACACCCACCUCCGCUUCCUUGAUUUGUCUCACAACCGGCUGAGCCACCUGCCCACCGGAUUACCACGCUCCCUGUGGCACCUUUACGCCGCCUGCAACCGCCUCCAGUUUCUCGACAAGAACGAUACGGUCUACCAGUGGAAUCUGCGAAUGCUUGACCUCUCCAACAACAAGCUGGAGCGCGCCAUCUUCAUCAACAAUACACUGACCAAUCUGUGCACGCUCAACCUAAGCCACAAUCACUUCUGGACUUUGCCCACCAACAUGCCUGCACACCUGGAGACUAUUGACCUGUCCCACAACUUGCUUGUGAAGGUGCUGCCGGGCUCUCUGGACCGGCUCCUCAGACUAACUCACUUAUAUCUACAUGCUAACCGCUUUUCCAUGCUGCCCUAUGGAGUGCUGGACAAGAUGACAUCACUUAGAGUCGUGACUCUGGGAGACAACCCUUGGGCCUGUCACCUUUAUGCAGACAUCACCUACUUACUCUCCUGGACUCAGCAUACCCCUGCCCGCGUCCUUGGCUGCCCCUGCCACACCCAGCCUGUCUGUGGAGGGGUGCGCCCUGGCAGGACCGGAGGGUGGCACUUUGCCUCCUAUAACCUGCCCCCCCUGGCAGCGAGUGCCCAGGACAUGAGCUCCGUGCCCUCUGAGGCCAGUGUCACCGGGUGGUGGUACUUGUCUGUUUCUGCUCUGUUAAGCACCUCACACACCCCCAAAGACACCACACAGCACCACCCCUUCACAGCCACACCCAUCGGCAUCUCCACGCUGCCACCCAGAAGCACAGGCACACACCUACCUAUUAAUCCCCUUUCUGCCGCAGAGUACAUGCUCCACACUAAUUCCCAUCUCACCUCUGGCACAGAGGAAGCCUCACCCACUCACUCCUUCCACACCACCGACACAGACUUCAUUACUGAAACUCCAAUCAGGGCUGACGCGACGCUGGCCACGGACCGGUUCUUAACAACAGAGAGCCCCUCCAUCCAAAAAAAGAAAACAACCACUCUUCGUACCAGGAGUGUCAGGAGGCAGAAUCAGUCCCUUCCUAAUGGCAUCAGCAACAGCAGCCCAGCUCUUGCUACCUGCUACUUGCUCCUUUUCCUGCACAGCCUGGGGCUUCUGUCUCUCAUUCUGCACCAAGCCCUCUGAAAGACAAACGAAAAACACUGACAGCUUAGUGUUAAGUCUGCAUAUGAAUUUACAGCACAAACAAAUGCAGCACACGUGCUGUAGGAAACUUUUGUUUAACUGUUGUGCGUAUUACCGGCUUUCUCUUGAAAAAGGCCAUUUACAACACUAAGGCUUUAUGACAACUUUCAUAAUCCCUACUGUUCUGAGUAUGGAAUGGAGCUACAUUUAUGAUAACUGGUCAAAAAACAAUGCAUUUCCUAUUCUAAUAACACUUUUAACAAGCCUCCACUUGAACGCAGUCACUGAUUAAAAUAAAAAAUAAAAAAAUACAUUGUAAUGAAUAUAGCUAAGCACAUGGUGGCACUGUACAUUCAGGUUAUUAUGGAACUGAAUGUAACCUGGUGCUCAUCUGCAACUACUAACUGAGGUGCUGGCCAGUACAUAUUAUGACCUACAAAUUAUUGUGUGUCUUUGAUUUUUAUUCUUUCAAAUUUUCCUAAACUAUGGGCUGGAUUGGACAGAUGUCCACUUAGUCAUGGUGUGCUCAGAUCUUUUUAUUUUAUAUUGGUGGCAUUAGCUUUCAAAUAUGUAUGAUGUAAAUCAAAGAUAUUUUGACUCUCAUGCCUAUAGGUGUCCUUGAUGCCUGCCUGCUUGUUUUAUGUAACAAACCACAUCACUCACCAGAGGAACAAUCUGUUUUGGGGACAGGGUGUAUCUAAGAAACCGGUCAUGACAUGUACAUAACAGGGAGCAGCAGAGAGGGGGGAAAACAAAUGGACAGUGUUGCGUCACUAUCUUUAACAAACUCUGAGUGGCGAGCACUGCUUCUGUAUUUUGAUCACAUCUCAGACUUAAGUGUCCUUCAUGAUUCAGUGGCGCUCGUGAAAAUGAUCUGCAUGGUGAUUGAACGUUCCAGGAAUGCUAACCUACUACUGUAUUGCCGCAGAGCAUUAAAGCACAGACAGAUUUUUUUUUGAAAUGUUAAGAUAUUCCAAUCUUGAUUGCAUUAAGCGUAAAUAACAGUGAUGUGCCAGCCUUCAGGUUUUUACAUUUUAGAAAUACCUACCUAAUGCCAGAUAGAAGGAAAUGCAUCUCAGCAAGUUGCAUUUGAUAAACUUAAGAAGAAUAUAGUGCCAGGGAAGCACUUUCUGUGAAGUUGAAUAAAACGUGCUGAGUUAUCUACACCUUUUAAUGAUCUUUCUUUUUACACCACAUUUUUCUUCAUUUUACACUGGAAGAUCAAUGUUUUUUCAUUUCAAACUGUUCUUGAAAAUUAUGUCUCAGGGGAGAGGGCAGACAAACUCAACAUAUUCCGUGAGUCUUUGACAUGGAUGUCAACCCUCAUGGGGACUGAAGUUAAAAAUA